GAGAGGUGAUCUUUGCAUGUGUCCAGUAGAAUUUGAACCUUCUGUAAGUGAUGAUUUAGUACUGGAGAAGAAAUCUGGAAAUGGGCAGCAUGAUGUCAGAGGCACACAUCAUCACAUAACCAGCAUGAAACCUGAAAAACCAAUUAACUUGCUUAGGAAAGUUGAUGGCAAUAAUAUGUGUGUUGACUGUGGUGCUUCAGAACCUGAUUGGGUAUCAUUAAACCUUGGCGCACUUCUAUGCAUAGAGUGUUCUGGGGUGCACAGAAAUCUUGGAGUGCAUAUAUCAAAGGUUAGAUCUCUGACACUUGAUGUUAGAGUUUGGGAGCCAUCUGUAAUCAAUCUCUUUCAGUCAUUAGGCAACAUGUUUGUCAACAGUAUUUGGGAAGAGACGCUGCCAGAUGAUAAUUCAAGUGCUGAUGGAUCAGACACAUCACAGUACCUCUCUGUUAGCAAACCUAAUCUCUUUAUGAGAAUUUUGGUUUAUUUUGUUUGAUUCCGGCUCUCAUCAAGUGACUCCUCCCCCUCACGCUGACUUUGCGGACAGAUGUCUCAAUUCUAGUGGUGGAGCUACGAACAACAAUCUGAUGUCCUGAUCGAGAGCGAUGGAGCUAAUGUUUGAACUUGUGAACUAAAAAUAUGAACUAUGGAUGUGAACUUAUGUAUUUGGAAUUAUGUGAAUUUGUGAACUUAUGUAUUUGGACUUGUGUGAAUUUGUGAUAUGAACAUAUAUCCAUGUGUUUGAAAUC